CUCGUCGCCUAGGUAACCCGGACCGGCGGGAGCCCGCAUGGCCUCGGACCCCGGAGGGUGCUGGGGUCAGCCCCCACCGCAGGGUGCAGCCGGGACGCCCCGGGUGACCGUCCUGCAGCCCGUCGCCUGGGCCGCCCCACCCCCGCGCCCGCAGCCGGGCAGAGUGAAGGAAGACCUGCUGGAACUGAUGCUGCUGCAGAACGCACAGAUGCACCAGCUGCUGCUGAGUAGCCUGGUGGCAGCAGCCUUCAACCCAGGGCCAGCCUCUUCCCACCAGCAGGUCUACCUGGAGGGUCAACAGGAGGAGGAGGAGAUGCAAGCCCAGGAGGAAGGGCCUUUGGUGUUCCACCACCACUACCUGCCCUGCCCGAUGCCCACGCUGGGCCCCCUGCUGCCCUGGCCGGUCCCUUUCCUUUCCUUCCCCCCACAGCAGCCCCACUUGCAGGAUGAGUCCAGGAUUCAGCACUGCCCUCCUGCCUCUGGGACAAGGGGUCUGAGAACCGUGCCCCCGCCCCCACCCCCCAGUGCCACAGGCACUGUGGGUGCGGAUGUACCCCCGGCUUCAGACUACUAUGGUGCCGAGAGCCUACCAUGAGGACAGACACCAGCCCUGGACCCUACCAGCAUCACUGCAGAGCUAGAAUGAGCCCUGGAGCCCCCCAAGUGCCUCCCUAUUGCCUGCAACCCCACAGCCAUGGCCGGCAGCCCCCCCCCCAACCCCCAACCACAGCCAGGCCCUCUCCUGGGUGAAUCAAAACCCUCUUCACCACAUUGAGACCUUGAACUGGCCUGAUCUCUGCCCUGGAGUAAAAGCCCCUCUAAGCAUCA